CUGCGAGCAGCUUGUCAGCACUGACUUCCUCCCUCCUGCACUCUACGCGCACAUUAGCCUGUUAGCCACAGCACGCUAUAACUGAGUAAUACCCGCUACCGACAGCCAUGGCAGAUCCAAGAAUACGGCAAAUUAAAAUUAAAACUGGCAUCGUAAAGAGGCUGGCCAAAGAGGAGAUUUCGUACAAAAACGAGGCGAAGCAGCAGGAGGAGAAGGUCGAGCGCCUGAAGGCAGAGGCAGGAGAUGAGUAUGUCCUCAAGAAACAGAUCGAGGUGUUGCAGGAGUCCAAGAUGAUGAUCCCCGACUGCCACCGCCGUCUGGCCAUCGCACACGCAGAUCUGCUUCAGUUAUUAGAAGCAGAGGAGGAUUUGGCUGAAUCAGAGGAGUACAAAGAGGCCAGAAACAUAUUGGACUCAGUGAAGCUUGAAGGAUGAUUUCUGAUCUGUUUCUGUUCUCACUGUGAGAUUCACUCGCUUUAAAUGUCCAUUCCUUUUCGUCAGGCCCUGUUGGCAGCCGCCGAGGCAAACUGAAUCCAGUCAAAGUCUCUGUUGAUGUAAUUAUUUCUACUGUUUACUGUUAACGUGUCACCACGUUUGUUCAUGCCUCUCCUGUGUGUGAAAUCCCACCUGAACACGUUUCAGGAGCGGAGUGGGUUUAUUUUCUUACGAUUUUCAUUUGUCGUACUCAUCCACACUCUGGACUUAACGUGAUUAAACCCACACACACACAUUUGUCUGCUGUCUUUUCUGCAAUUAUGACUUGGUUUGAGAAACUACAACUACACUAUGAGCUUUGCAUUUGUUUUUUAUUAAUCUGAGUUGGACCUUUUUAAUGCCUGACCAUCCCCUGAAAAACUCACCAGAGCUGCAAUUAAUAAUGAUUUUUCACUGUUUAUGAUUUGAGUUUUCUUUUGAUUGAUUGUUAAGUUGUGACGGAGAAGUAAAAAGUAACCACCA